AAAAACCGGGAAAGUUUCGUGAAGAAAUUGUCCUACGGAUUAUAAGGAUUUGAAUAUAACGGUCGACUCUCCAGGCACGAUUUAAGGCUACGCGCAAUUCGGACUCGGCGUUGCGGGUGGUUCGUUACGCGGGAUUUUGAAUUUUACAAUGUAGCGUCCCUUCGGCGCGUCGCGAUGGCAGGCGUCGAAAAUAUCGGAGCUUGGUAAUUAAUCGUUGUCACAGGCCUGAUUUGAGCGCGAAUAUUCUCUUCGCUCCGAGAUAUCGCACGCGCGCAGUGAAAAAUAUGACCGUAAUAUGUCGGUGUGUGAAGUUAUCGCGUUAACGAGUGACAAUUUUCUGUUUGCGUACCGCGCGCGGGAAAACGGGGGGCGAAAACUUCCCUCAUUUUCGCAACGCCGAGGCGCGUGCAUCGUGAGAUCUCGAGCGUUUCGCGCUUGAACGUUACUCGAUACCGAUUAAUCCGGCCGAUGCCGGUAAUAUGACACUCGCCAACGAUAUUAUCACUGAGCUAACCUCAAAUCGUGGACGGAGCAUCGCCGUAGCCGGCCGUAGGCAUACGUAGGCUCAAUAUUAGGCACGUAUAUUUGUCCUGAGCAGAACGGUGAGAGAGACAAAAGCAAGGAAGGCAUACGGCACAUGCCGAUUCCGUUAUACAUGUCUACGUAGCCGGCAGGAAAACGGCAUAAGCGAUCUAUAAUUGUUCACCCUGCGAGGCUCUUGCCAAAAUGGCCAGAGAGGGAAGAAACACCCUCAACAAUAGCACGGAGGACGACGAGCGGGGCGAGGAGUAUGACACAGACGAGGAAGGUGGCCUAAAGGUGGACGACGAGAUAUACAUUCCACCACCACCAAGAGUGUUCAGCGAGGUUGACACUACUGGGCCGAGGCUCAUGAUCACCAAAAUCGUCAAUGUAAAUUUUAAGAGCUACGCUGGCACGCAGAUCAUUGGACCCUUCCACAAGAGCUUUUCGGCGAUAGUGGGCCCCAAUGGCAGCGGUAAAAGUAACGUGAUAGACUCUAUGCUGUUCGUGUUCGGCUAUCGCGCCAGUAAGAUCAGGUCGAAGAAGAUAUCUGUCCUGAUACAUAAUUCCAGCCAACAUUCACACAUAAAUAGUUGUACUGUAUCUGUACACUUUCACAGAAUCAUUGACAAGUCUGAAGAAGAGUACGAGGCCAUCCCAGACACUGAAUUUGUCAUAUCUAGGACGGCGUUCAAGGACAGCACAUCGUAUUACGAGCACAAUAAGAAGAAGGUACAAUUCAAGGAGAUUGCUAAGCUUCUGAGGUCCCAUGGGGUCGAUUUGGAUCACAAUCGGUUUCUGAUAUUGCAGGGCGAAGUUGAGCAGAUUGCGAUGAUGAAGCCCAAGGGGCAAAACGAAAAUGAUACCGGAAUGCUGGAAUUCCUGGAAGAUAUAAUCGGCACGUUUCGCUAUAAGGAACCGCUGGAGAAGUUAGCGGAUAAAAUCGAGACGUUAACGGAACGUAGAGUGGAGAAGCUGCAUCGUCUCAGGGUUGUGCAAAAGGAGAAGGAGGCACUGGAGGAGCCUAUGCAGGACGCGGUGCAGUACCUGAAGAUGGAGAACGUGAUAAUCAGAUUGCAGCAUCAACUUUAUCAUUGUAAAAGAUCCGAAGCGGUGAAAGAACUUUCUGAGCAUGUGGCGAGGAAUGAUGUCCUGAACAAGGAACUGGAGGAGCUGAUGGACGACAUGAAGAGCAUCCGCGCGCAGAAGGAAGAGAAAACCAAGACGAUCAAGGAAAAGAUCAAGAAAUGGGACGCUCUACAACGGCAAAAGGACGAAGCUACGACAAAGUUUGACAAAGUGCGCAAGCGGGACGAGUCGCUGCACGCUGAAAUGGUCGAGACGAACAAACGGCGAAAGGCCAACAUGGCAUCCACCAAGACGGAGAAAAGCAAGUUGGAGGAACUGCUGAAAGUACCGGAGAAUAAUACGAAGGGCAUCGAGGAGUGCGAGCGUCUGAUCGAGACGCAUACGAAGAACAGGGAGAAAGAGGAGGCCUCCCUGGCGACCCUGAUGGCGGGACUGCGCGAGAAGACGGAGCCGCUGCUGAAUGAGCGAUCCGAGUUGGAGAAGGAACUGAUAACGCUCAGGAAGAACGUCGACCAGGCAAAAGCGGCGUACGAUAUCGCGCAAUCCGAAUUGGAGCUUUAUACGUCGGUAGAGAAGGUUGAGAAGGAGAAGUUGGAAGAUCUUCGGGGAUCUCUGGAGAAGACCGCGAGUACUCUCGAAGAGCGUCGGAAGCAGCUAUCUCUGUUCGAUACGAAGAUUCCGGUGACCAAGCGCAGCCUGAAGCAGGCACAGGGUGAGCUGGACGAGGUGAAGGCUCGCGAGGCCGAGAUGACCGGCCAGCUGAAGAAACUGCGGAUCACCUUUGAGGAACAGCGUUCUGCGAUGCAGGCCAGCAAGUCGCGCAACCGGAUUUUGGACUCGCUGAUGAGGGAGAAGCGAGAAGGACGGAUUCCCGGGAUUUUCGGAAGAUUGGGCGAUUUAGGUGCCAUCGACGCCAAGUAUGACGUGGCGGUGUCGACGGCGUGCGGCCCGCUGGAUAACAUCGUCGUGGACACCGUGGCUACAGCACAAACGUGCAUAACGUAUCUGCGGCAACAUGACAUAGGACGCGCCACAUUCAUACCGUUAGAGAAGCAACAGCGAUUCCUAUCCAAGUGCCGUCAGAAGAUUCAAACGCCGGAGAACGUGCAUCGGCUGUUCGAUCUGGUCAAGGUGGAGGAUGAGAGAGUGCUACCCGCGUUCUACUACGGUCUGCAAGAUACCUUGGUGGCUCAAGAUCUCGAUCAAGCGACGCGCAUCGCUUACGGUAGGACGCGUUAUCGCGUGGUGACGCAAAAAGGUGAACUGAUCGAGCUAUCGGGCACGAUGAGCGGCGGUGGGCGCACGGUACUGCGCGGUCGAAUGGGUCAGAAGGUAGUGAGGAACGAACCGUCGAGCGCCGACAUCGAGGAACUGCGGUCGCAGCUGGACAGCGUGUUCGAGGAGUGCAAUAAGCUUAGGACGAAGCAGCAGCCACUGGAGCAGCAAAUUCAUACGCUGUCGACCGCGCUGAAAGAUAUGACGGUAGACAAGAAUAAGUUCAGCAUCGAGGUGCAGACAUUGAGAGAACAAGAGCCGUCGCUGCGGGCGCAGUUCGAGGCGCAGGAGAAGAAGGUCGCGGAGUCGGUAUCUGAUCCGAGGGAGGUCGCACAGCUAGAAAAAGCGGUCGAGAAGGCGAAAUCGCACUUGGAUGAGGUCCAGACAAGCUCUGCUUCGGUGGAGAGAGCGGUCGAGCGUAUCAACAAGAAGAUAGACGACAUCUCCGGCAACCGGGUGCGGGACCAGCAGACGAAGAUCACGCAGCUGACGAAGUCGGUGGACAAGACCAAGGCGGAGAUCUGCCGUUUGCAAGUAGCCAUCAAGACCGCCGAGAGAAACGUCAAGAAGACGGAGAAGCAUAUAGAGACGCUGGAGAGCGACGUGCACGCUUGCGAGGAGAGGUUGAGGGAUAUUCAGAAAGAGAAAUCGGAGCUCGAAGAGCGCGCCAAAGUUAUUCUGAACGAACUGAAGGAGCUGAACGAGUCGCUUGCCGAGCGAGACGAUGUCGUGUCGUCCUUCAAGAACGAGUUAAACGCCUUGCAGACGCGCGAGGACAAGAUCAAGGCGACGAAGAUCGACCUGGAUCAGAAGCUUCACGAAAGUCGGAAAUUGCUGAAGGAGCUCCAGCAGAUGAUUCCCGAGUGCAAUCGGAAAAUAGCAGAGCUGAAGUUGCGCGCGGUUCCUCAGGAGACGCUGGAGCCGCUCCGGGAUCUAACCGAGGAGCAGGUCGAACAAUUGGACUCGAAGGUGGUGAUACUGAACUUGCAGAAGGCUAAGAAGAAGCUGCCUGAACUGGUGCCCAACAUGCAGAUCAUCGCGGACUACGAGGAGAAAGACGCGUUGUACAUACGUCGCGCCGCCGAUCUCGAGGAGGUGACGUUGACGCGCAACAAGAUGCGCGACAUCUUCGAGACGGCACGCCGGUGUCGGGUCCAGGAAUUCCUGCACGGCUUCAGUCUGAUCACCACGAAGCUCAAGGAGAUGUAUCAGAUGAUCACGCUGGGCGGCGACGCGGAACUGGAGUUGGUCGAUUCGCUGGAUCCGUUUAGCGAGGGCAUCGUCUUCAGCGUGCGCCCGCCCAAGAAAUCCUGGAAGAGUAUCGGUAAUCUCAGUGGCGGCGAAAAGACCUUGAGCUCGCUGGCGCUGGUCUUCGCUCUGCACCACUACAAGCCCACGCCGCUGUAUUUCAUGGACGAGAUCGACGCGGCACUGGACUUCAAGAACGUGUCGAUCGUCGGCAAUUACAUCAAGGAGCGCACAAAGAACGCACAGUUCAUCAUCAUCUCGCUACGCUCGAACAUGUUCGAGCUGGCCGACUACCUGGUGGGCAUUUACAAGACGUUCAAUUGCACCAAGAGCAUUACUCUCAAUCUGGGCCGCUACUACGAGAACAAUGAUAUCGCGCCGCCUACGCAAUGCACCUCCAAGAGCGCGUACGCGGCCUCGCAGAAGCCGCAGGCGUCGUCGCAGCGCAGUCAGGUGAGUUCGCGCAAGGAAAACACUGCGCCCGCAACGAACAACAAUAAUAAUAAAAAAGCGAAAGCGGCGUCAUUAAAUGGCGAAAAGCUGCCGUCGCCUGCGAGGAAUAACGCGAAGGAAAUUACGGAUGAAGAGCAGCCGGAAAUUGAUCGCUUAGGUCUUCCGGAUUGGCGGUAUGCUCAACGCCACAGAAAACAUCAUCUCAGAGGCGCUCCAGCAGAAAUAGCGAGGAAGAGCACAGAAGAAAAGAAAGAAGGCACGAACAAGAACCGGUCACGAAGAAGCGAAAGUUGCUAUAACGACUGA